AGGAUAUUAAAUAAUAAAAAGAUGGGGCAGUGAUUUUCGAGCUCAAAAGGAAAUACAAGAAGAAAACAAAAAGCCAAACUUAAGAUUGAUAAAAAUCUAAAGAGCAGUAUGAACUCUUCGUUUCCAUCUGAAGACAUCAUUAAAAAUAGUCCAGGGGAGCCAGAGAGAGGAAUGAAAAGACAGAGAUCAGGCUGUCACGACAAAGGCGGGAUGCAACAACCCUUUGGCUCAAGCCCUUUAGAGAACAAAGCACAGGCUGAAUAUAGCAUUGAUAUAUCAAGAUCUUAUAGUGAAAGAUCAAAAGCAAAUAUAAUAUCUGAUUUUAGUGAACCAGACUAUGGUGAACCUAAAGAAAUGGAGAAAAGAACCUUUCUGAAUCCUCUAGAGGCUUUUAUUAGAAAUGAAGUUGUUGUAGAGAUGUUCCAUACUUUAAAAGAUGAAUCUAAUGAAGGAAGAGAAAAUUGGGAGAGAUAUGACACAGGCAAACUUAACAUUGAAGUCAGUAUAACUCCUUGUAGAAAUAUUGAUAAAAAUGAUCUCCCUAUAUCUAAAGUAUGUUGGAGGCCUGGCAUUAAUAUUAAUCUUGGAACUCUUAGGGAGGCAAUGGGAAAAUUCAGGAAAGAUUGGGAUUCUAAAAUCCAAAGUAAUCGAGAGCGUCGCUUAACUGAUUCAGAAGUUAUGUUGAUUAAUACUAAAUUAAAGGAUAUUAGGCCUCAACUUCAAAAGCUUAAAGAAAAAUACAAGGAUUUAAUAAUACCUGAUCUUAAGCCAAAGCAAUUCUUUGACCAAAGAAUUUGAUUUGAAAUAGACAAUAAGCAAGACAAUAGCCCAGCAUGUAUGUACAUUUUUACUCAAAAUAUUGAUGAGAAUGACUAUAAAACAUAUUGAAACGAAGAAUUUGAAAAACAAAGGGAUUAUUCCGAUAAUGAAGAUAACUAUGAAACUGGGAAGACUCUUCUUAACAUCCAGAGGAUUACCUAUGACAAAUCAACCGAAAGAGUCAGAGAUCUUACUAUUUUCAACCAAGUUGAUACAGAUCUUGACCAGAAUCAGCUAGAAAUGGCUAUGAAUGGCCUUCCAAAGCAUUUGGUCAACUGGAUAGAAGCCUUAGAGGAUUAUCUAAUAAAACAAAGGCCAAUAACAAGCUCAUAAUCUUGUAAUACUAUUUAUGUUUUCUUUCA